GCAUAUUUCAAAAAUAAUCACGUAAGUUUGAGGUUUAAUGUUGAAGGUUAUAUGAUGAGCCGCGGCACUCAAAAGUAAACUGUCGAUGUCUUAUCACUGUUUACUACAUAAUAUACAUACAUGUAUGAGUACAUGGAUGAAUUACCUGCUAUUCAGUUAUCCGAUCUAAAUGAAUUCAUAACAUGUAAAUUAUGUAAAGGUUAUUUAAUUGAUGCUGUCUCAAUAACUGAAUGUCUUCAUCCAUUCUGUAAAUCUUGUAUAGUAAAGUAUUCAGAAGAAAAACGUGAAUGCCCUGUUUGUGGGAUUCUCAUCCAUCAAAGUCAUCCAUUAAAUUAUAUGAGUUUUGAUCGUACUCUUCAAGAUAUUGUUUAUAAAAUUGUACCAGAUUUAAAACAAAAAGAGAGAAAACGUCGUGAGGUCUUCUAUAGAUCUCUUGGAAAAACCCCACCCCCCUCAGAAGACUUAGGCAAAGAAACUCAUGUAUUAGUCAGUAAAGAGAAUAUCACGGGUGGAGUUCCAUCUGAUUCUGAUGGAUUAACUUCAAAUUUUGAUCCAGAUUAUCAUCGUAAAGAUGAACAAGUCAAUAUACAACUUGAACCGGGAUCUGAUAAUCUGGAACCAUUAACUGAAAAAUAUUUACGACUUUCAUCGAGGGCUACAGUGACACAUUUACGAAAAUAUGUUGCACAACAAGUUCUUCAUGAUAUAUCUAAGUUUCAUGAAAUUGAUAUUUUCAUACAAAAUAAUGAAGAUGGUACUUUUCUUGGUCGCGAUCAUGUAUUGAAAUUUGUUCGUGUUGUUUAUUGGAAUGAUGUCGAACCGAUGCCACUGCAAUAUCGUUACAGCAGAAUGAUUUAUUAAAAUGAAUUAAGUUACCUUUAUUUCUAUUUUUCAAAAAAAAUUAAUUUUCCCUUUUUGUUUUUUUCCUUCUCUUUUUUAAGUUCAUAUUUACUUACCACUGUGUUGAUUUUGAUCUCCAUAUUCUUCAUCGAUAGAUAAAACUAUGAUAUAUGUACAAUCUCCACUGUGCUACAGUAGAUUCUAUGAAAUAAAAAUAACACCAUAGUACAACUGAAUUUUUUAUUUGUUUGUUUUACUCUUUCUUGUUUCCAUCUGGACGUAAAACAAAAACAAACCCAUGUCUGUCAUCAAAUCUGUUGUUACUUAUUUACUUACUUACGCCUGUUACCCCUCGUCGAGGAGCAUAGGCCGCUCUAUUGUAGUUAGCUGUAAAUUAUAAGUUUAACAAUAAUAAAUAAUUUUGUCAUCUCUAUUGUAUAUGUAUAUAUUAUACAUAACAUGAUGCAUUCUUUUUCUACAUUGUGAAUAAUCAUUUUUACAAUUUGUAAUUCAUGAUAAAUGCCUUUUGUUAUAUAUGCGUUGUUAAAGAAGAAGAAGAUGGAAAGAAAGAAAGAAACUAUUUCAACAU